CCGACAGAGACGCACACAGGCAGCAUGGAAGGCAAAGGGCUAGUGGCUCAGCUGCAGAAGGCAGCUAUCUGCCCUGCCUGCAGGGGGCACUUCAAGGACCCGGUGAUCUUGGACUGCGAUCACAGCUACUGCCGGGCCUGCAUCACCCGCUACUGGGAAGAGGCGGCCGCGACUGGGAAGGGCCCCAGGGUUCUCUCUUGCCCCCAGUGCAAGGCAGUUUUUGAGAGGAAGAACCUGCGGACCAACGUCAAGCUGGCGGUGGAGGUCAAGAUCACCCAGCAUCUCAACGCCAAGACGGCUCACGUGCCCCUCGCACCCAAGCCCAGGAGGCGCCGUGGGGGAUGGAUUCCUGCAACCGGCAUCCAGGAGGAAAAGGAAGUCAUCAGAGAAGUCUGCAGAUGCUAAUGUGGUUUGGAUGCUCCCAGACACCCAUAUUCACCUGAACCUGCAGAACAACCUACCUGGAGCCCCUCAAAGUAGCAAUCCCUGCUUCCCAAGAUUUGAAGACCCUCAACAAGAUGGCCAAACAAGCCAUCUCCAAAUGGCUCAGGCUACGGCAUGGGGGCAGCUAAAUUUGGGGAGGGCUGCUGGUGGUGGAGAAACUGAGAUUUCAGCCAAGCAUGAGGCUCUGGAUUACAAAUGGACCUGCAAGAGUUAGGGAGACUCUCGUGCUGCAGGGCUUAAGUUAUUUUCUAGAGAGAGAUAUCAAGCUGUCUCAGAAGCUACAAGAUGCAUUGGCUUGGUGAGGGGGGCGGGCGGGAAAAGUGUUCUAUACAUGGCAGGACCCCCUUUACUUUGUUAGGGUUUAGAGUUUGGAAUCAGAUUUCAGGCUUCCGUCAUCCCCUGUUUCAGAUUAAUCCCUGCCCCAUAACUGAGCAGAACAGGCUAAAUCUGCGAGGAGUGACUGGUUCCACAUUUGACUAAGUCUUCAGAAGUUCUGGUACCUCCAAGUGUCACUUGACAUGGGAGAAGACGAGAUCUUGGAGAAGAAUGAUUGGUUUUCUUUUAGUUUAUCCAUCUCUGCCAUCUUCCUCUACUAAUUUCUUGUCUGCCUUGUCUGGGAAGUAUAAACCUCCUAGGCAAAACUCCCCAGUUUCUCUGUUCUUUACAGGGUCUAGUACACACUGCUGACACCGUGUUAAAUGGCAGAAGGAAUAACUAUUUGACAUGAACUGGUAUUCACUGAGAGGCAUUAAAGUGAUCUGAAGUUCCUAACGCAAUUAUUUCAUAAAUUACCAGUGGGUGGUGCUGUGUGGUCAUUUAUCUUUCUGGCUAGCUUAAAAAACGAUCUGUCAGUGAUUCUAACCAGCUUCUAAACUUGACCCAGGUACCAUCUGAGGGGAGAAAUUUGAAGUUCAAUGUACAUACCUUAUUUCCCCAAAGUCCACUCCCCUUUCCACAAUAUAUUGUACUGCUGAUAAGGAAGAAAAUGUAUUAUACCACAAAUAACGUUGUGUUUGUUUCGUGUACUAUAUAUAAUUAUUUUAAUUUUUGUGUGUCUCGAGUUAUUUGAGUCCUUCCGUGGAAUGGACUUUUAACU